CAUUCAAGGAUUUCACAUUUGAGAACAUCCUUAAGGCUAUCAGAAUCGCCUUGAUGAUGAUGCCUUGUGACAAGGAAGGAUGUGGGAAACAAAACUAUGUUGAGCGUGUGAUCAAUAAACUUCCAUCUGUUUUCACUAUUGGUCUAGAGUGGGAGGACAACGAGACUGAAGAAGAUAUAUUUUCGACCACUUCUGUUCUGGCUACUGAAAUUGAUAUUAGUGAGAUUUUCAAAUACGAAGGUGACAGUUUAUUCACUAAUUACCGUCUUGUGUCCAUGGUUUGCUGGCUUGGGGAUCAGUACAGUUGCAUAGCUUAUGAAAACAGAGGCUGGGUCAUACAUAUUGGUACUGAGAAUGAGGUUAUCGGAGAUUGGAACAGAGUUCUCAGCAUUUUUGCAAAACUGAAGAUUCGACCAGAGAUUCUGUUUUUCGAAAACGUGAUGGGGAGAGACCAGAUUGUGUCCGGGAACUUGGGAUCAAUUUCUGAAGACCAAUAAAAUCUUUUUUUUUUCUAAUGGUGUAGAGAAGGGAUUUGAUGUAUAUUCAAAACUUUAGAAUCAAUGCUUUGGAGGUUAAAACGUUGUGACUCGAUUUUUCUUUUCUCGUC